AUGCCGCUUAUUCAGUUGCAGCUUGCAAGUCCUACAAUGAAGCAUACAUCCUUCCUUCAACAAUUUGUCUUCCUGUUUGGUCUUAUCGUCACAACCUUGGUCUCUGGUGAUGAUCAAUUUCUCUUCUCCGGCUUCAGCCAACCCAGCCUAACCCUGGACGGAUGUGCCAUGGUCACAGAUGGUGGCCUUCUUGAUCUGUCCAAUGGCACGACUGUUCUCAAGGGCCAUGCCUUCUAUCCCACUCCUCUGCACUUCCGCAAGUCACCCGGUGGUAAAGUUCAAUCCUUCGCAGUCCAUGUAGUCUUCAGCAUCUUCAUCUCUUACGCAGACUUGAGCGCUGAUGGCAUGGCUUUCUUCAUUGCACCCACAAAGAAUUUCUCUGAUGCACGGGCAGCAAAGUACUUUGCCCUCCUCAACGAGAAGAACAAUGGCGACACAAGCAAUCACAUCUUCAUGAUCGAACUUGACACCUACAGAAAUUCUGAGCUCCAAGACAUUGAUGAAAAUCACAUUGGUAUCAAUAUCAACAGUGCAGUCUCCAUGCAAUCCAGUGCAUCUGGCUUCUACGAAGACAAGGGUGGUGCCUUCAAGAACAUGACGCUGAAUGGCAACCAGGCUAUGCAGCUCUGGGUAGACUACAAUGAGGGUGAUACGCAGAUCAAUGUGACCUUGGCUCCGAUCAACGUGGGAAAACCAUCAAGGCCACUGCUCUCUGCAACCUAUGAUCUCACAACUGUACUCUUGGACUCAGCUCAGUACAUUGGAUUCUCAUCCAUGGCUACUCCCAUCAACACCCGUCAGUACGUGAUGGGUUGGAGCUUUGGCAUGAAUAAACCAGCUCUAUCCAUUGACAUCUCCAAGCUUCCGAAGUUGCCUCGUGUUGGUCCCAAGGCCCAAUCCAAGCUCUUGGUGAUCGUCCUACCAAUAGCCACUGCAACAUUGAUCCUCUCUAUGGGCACUCUUGUCACUCUAGUUGUGCGAAGGCGACUGAAGUAUGCUGAGGUGCGUGAGGAUUGGGAGGGAGAAUUCGGUCUGCAUCGGUUCUCCUACAAGGAUCUGUUCCAUGCUACGAGAGGGUUCAAGAACAAACACCUACUUGGAGAAGGAGGUUUCGGGAAAGUAUAUAAAGGAGUGCUUCCAUCGUGUAAUGUGGAGAUUGCUGUGAAGAGGAUGUCUCAUGAGUCAAGACAGGGCAUGAAAGAAUUUGUCACCGAGGUUGUUAGCAUUGGUCGACUCCGACAUCGCAACGUUGUGCAAUUACUUGGCUAUUGUCGGAGAAAAGGUGAACUGUUUUUGGUUUAUACUUACAUGCCAAAUGGUAGCCUUGAUAAAUAUCUACAUUGUGAAGAGCAGAAUGCCAUUUUGAAUUGGGUUCAAAGGUUUCGAGUUAUCAAAGGCAUUGCUACCGGCUUACUCUAUCUCCAUGAGAAGUGGGAGAAAAUUGUAAUCCAUAGAGACAUCAAAGCAAGCAAUAUACUGCUGGAUGGUGAAAUGAAUGCGCGACUUGGUGACUUUGGCCUUGCAAGGUUAUAUGAUCAUGGCACUGACCCACAGACCACACAUAUGGUUGGUACCAAGGGGUACCUAGCCCCCGAGCUACUGCGGACAGGGAAGGCAUCCCCUCAUACAGAUGUUUUUGCCUUCGGCAUGUUCCUUCUCGAGGUUGCUUGCGGUCAAAAACCUGUCAAGAGAAAUGCAGAGGGAAAUGAAGUUUUCUUGGUAGAAUGGGUACUCGAGCAUUGGAACAAUGGGUUGCUUAUUGAGACAGUGGAUGCUAUCCUCCAGGGUGAUUACAACAUUGAUGAGGCAUACCUCGUGUUAAAGCUGGGACUUUUGUGCUUGCACCCAUUUCCUAGUUCGAGGCCCAGGAUGCGGCAAGUUAUGCAAUACCUCGACGGUGAGAUGCCACUGCCCGAGCUGAGGAAGACGGAGCUGAGCGUGAACAUGGCGGCCUUGGUGAAAAGCAAUGGACCGAACUCGGUCACCUUGUCAUACCCGCAGAUCACAUCGAGCUUCUGCACGAUAUCUGGCCUCUCAGGAGGAAGAUGA